CUCAGCCUGGGUGCCAGCAAAUCGAUGGCGAAAAGAUCGUUCGGAGCGGGUCACGUGGCCGUGUGGCCGGCGAGUCAAUCGAUCGAUCAAUCGAGCAGGAGCUGGGUACGGGGGCUGGUUUGUCUGACGGGGCGCUUCUCUCAAUGGCCUUGUUCGACCACGCAAGAUGACUGAUUACGGCGAGGAGCAGCGCAAUGAGCUGGAGGCACUGGAGUCCAUUUACCCGGACUCAUUCACAGUGGUGUUGGAGAAUCCUGCAAGUUUUACCAUAAGGGUAACAUCUGAAACAGGUGAAAAUGAAGAAGCUGUUGAAGCAACCCUCCAAUUCACGUAUGUGGAAAAAUAUCCAGAUGACCCUCCAAAAUUUGAAAUUGCCACACAUGAGAACCUUCAGAAGUCUGAUAUUGCAGAUAUAAUGUCACUAUUAAAUGAGCAGGCACAAGAAAACAUUGGGAUGGUAAUGAUAUUUACUUUAGUGACAGCUGUUCAAGAAAAAUUAAACGAAAUUGUUGAUCAAAUAAAAUCUCAUAAAGAAAUGGAGAAGUUAUUAAAAGAAAAAGAAGCAGAAGAAAUUGAAAAGGCUAUUUUCCAUGGCACACCUGUAACAAUUGAGAAUUUCUUGUCAUGGAAAGCAAGAUUUGAUGCAGAGUUAGCUGAAAUAAGAAAAAAACAAAAGGAAGAGGAGCAGGCUGGAAAAGUUAAACUGACAGGAAAGCAACUAUUUGAAACUGAUCAUAACCUUGAUACAUCUGACAUUCAGUUCUUGGAAGAAGGUAACAAUGUGGAAGUUGAUGAAUCCCUUUUCCAAGAUAUGGAUGAUUUAGAAUUAGAUGAUGAUGAUGAUGACCCAGAUUAUAAUCCUGAUUUAGGGAGCGAUGACGACUGAAUUCAAAGAAAUGAUAUAACUGCCAGGAUUUAAAUACGUGAAUGAAUGAGAUUUAAGUCACAGUAUCUGUGACUACUUGUAUUGCAAUUAGCAAGCAGUGGAAAAAAUACAAGUUUUUUUUAAUCUAAUACCCAUUUCUGUAUGCCUUUAUCACUGUGUUCAAUAAAUUUACUCCCAAAGUGAA